UGUCAGUACCAUAACCAUUUCAGUCAUAGUCAGUAUUGGUGGAAGUAGUCCUUUCCUAUUUGUUGUUAUUGGAAAUCUCUGUAUGAGACAACUUCAUACCCUAGGCCUAGUAUAACAAAUUGAAUUUGAAAUUCAAUUUCUAACUGACUUAAUAAAAGUAUUCUUUUAAGACAGCCUGUCUCCUCUGUGUUGAAAUAUGAUAUAGCUUGUUUGAACUAGUUUCAUUAUAAACUUUUCUGAGAUUUUAUUUUUAAGUGCUAAUCAUCCUCCCUGUGACGAGGGAUAAAUUCGAAUCAAGUGAUAGGUCUAGAUGUGUAAUAUAGUAGGUCACGAGUAAAAUCCGACAUCUACGUUUACGUGUUGUCUUAUACCACCUGAAGAUAGUUGGGUGAUAUUUUUCAAAAUGAUGGGAUUUUCUUAUGAGAAACGAUACCUAAAACGACCCAGGCUAGGCCCUCCAGAUGUUUAUCCUCAGGAGCCAAGGCAGAAGGAGGAUGAGUUAACCACAGUGAAUGUAAAACACGGUUUCACAAUAGUACCCCAAUUACCUGAUGAAUUCGGGACCGCAAGGAACUGUAACAUUACUGCUCUCAAGGUUGGACAAUACUUCAAUGCAAUUUUGGGGAAGAAGGAUGAACUUAAUACGCUACCCGAUCCUGGCAGGAAAAGACAGCAGAUCAAUCCAAAGGAUAAUUUUUGGCCAGCUACAAAUCGUUCAAAAGCUGCUAUUGAAACAUGGUUCAAAGACUUGGCAGGAAGCAAACCAUUAUUGAGUCUAUCGAAAAAGGCUCCUAAUUUCAAUAAGAAGGAAGAGAUAUUCCCAUUGCUAUGUGAAUACCAGGUCCCACUCAUGCGGGCUGCCUGGUUCAUCAAGCUCAGUUCUGCCUACACUGUUGCAAUAUCGGAAGCCAAAAUAAAAAAACGGCAAAUGCCUGAUCCUACUCAAGAGUGUUGCUGGAGAAGAAGCUUAAAUGUAAACAAGAGUAACACUUCCCCAACCCUCCUUUUAGCUCCUUUGCCAUCUACUCUUCCUUCUAUCCCAUCUGUUAUAAUCGAGUGGACAGGAACCCUUUUAAAGUUCAUGAAGGAGCAAUUGUGCAAGCCUCUAUCGGAUUACUAUACAAGUAGUAGUACCACCAUCAUGAGUGAUGAUCAGAAACUGGCUCUACGACAGUGGCAGUACUGUGUCAACCUCAUCAAACAUAUGUAUCAGGAAGGGCUGUUGGAGAGGCAAGAAACUCUACAGUGGAUUCUAGAACUAUUAGAGCGUCCUUUACGAUCAACAUCUUCAUCAGAAGAUGGACUUUUCCGCCUAUUUCUUCCUCUAGCACUACAAUACAUGGAGGAGUUUGUGCAGUCCGAACUGCUGUCACGCAAGAUAUCCUACCUGUGUUCCCGCAAGAUCUCCCAGCUGUGCAGUGGUGAGCCUCAGAGUGGUGGUGGUGUCUCCCCCAACUCACCGGCCAUACAUAACACUCCCACUAAUAGUGGUAACACUCAGAGUUCCACUGGACAGCAACAGUCGUCCAACAGCUUGAUUGCUACACAAGGAGGUACUAAUACAGCCAACACACUUAGUGUCAUGUUCAACGAGUACCUGAGUUGUCCUCACCAUCGAGACUUGAUCCUUGGUCUCAGUGCAAUCUUGCAGGUUGUAACACUGGAGUGUCCUACUGCGCUGGUGUGGAACUGUAUAGGAGAGGGCAAGUCUACAUCUGUGCUGAAUGGCUCCCCUCUAGACCACUUACCGUGCUCUCCAGCUGCUCUCCCCAUGCCCCAACGUUCAACCAACCCUCACGUCAGGAACCAGUUGAAGCUCGGUGAAGAGCUGAUCAAACAACGCAGUCAGGCUGCGGAAGGCCGGUGGUCCUGUGACAAGUGGCAACAGUCCUCUGCAGGUGUGACGACGGUGAAGGUGCUGAAUGCCCUGGACGCCUUGGACAGGCACAGUUUCGAGCGUGUGGAUGCAGGUAACUCUCUGGACACAUUGUAUGCCAAGAUUUUCCCAGCUGCCAACAGUACUACUUCCAAAGACAGCCCUACGACCAAUCAAGAGGAGACAAGAGUGGUUUAUUCAGUGUCACAAGACAAAGCAGUGGUGGAGAUCCUGUGUCAGUGGGCAGUUAGUGGGAUGAGGUAUGGUGAGCAUAGAGCCAUGGCUGUUGCCAAACUGCUGGAGAAGAGACAAGCGGAGGUCACUAGUGGAGCUGGUAAUGGAGAGUCAGACACUGGAGAUGACAAGGACUCCACCAACUCGGUUCCAACCGGCCUGCCAGUUUUCCAGACUCUACUUAUGAGGUUUCUUGACUACGAUGCCCCUGUUCUAGAUGAGAACCCUAGUCAAGCUAACCGCACAAUGUUCACCAACCUCGUGCACCUAUUCGCCGAGCUGAUUCGGCACGAUGUCUUCUCUCAUGAUGCUUAUAUGUGUACCCUGAUAUCUCGAGGAGACCUCAAUGUGGCCAACCCCCCAGUUGGAAGCACCACCCCACACCCAGCCAGCAACAAGCCUGCAGCCACACCCAUGGAAGAUGACUCUGGGCUCUUUGAUAUCAAGCCCAAGAUAGAGCCGAACCGAACCAUGGACUAUGAUGACAGCAAAAUUGAUGAUGAUCUUGAUAAACUCCUUCAACACAUAAAGGAAGAGCAGCAGAACUCUAUGGAUGCUCCGGAUUCUCCGAAGGAUGAUUCUGGUACGUUGGUCCCUGGAGGGAUUGGCAAUGUCAACCCACUGGAGACAGAGGGUGUAGGUUCUGCUGAUGUCAAGGGCAAGCCUUCUAGACAUCUUCUCUACACCACACACUUUCCUCUACCUCAGGAUGAGAGUAGCAGUCACGAUUGUAACCAGCGACACGUGUUGUUAUAUGGUGUCAACAAGCUGAGAGAUGAAGCUCGGCAUACUGUCAAGCGUAUCAGCAAAGAUAUCUGCAAACUGUUCAGCAAAAAGUUCAGCAUAGACGUGGCAGAGGGUGGUAAAGUGAAGAAACAUUCUCGUAAUGAGUUCAACUUUGAGUCCACCACAUCCAGAGUCCAGGCAUUGUCAUUCUUUGACCAACAUGUUGUUACCUGGCAGUGUAGCGUCACUGUGCUGGAAAUGAUCAACACCUUUGCCUCAGGUAAUUCGAACUACUUGCCCGUCCAAGAACAUGUUGCAUUUCUGUUCGACUUGAUGGAACUUGCUCUCAAUAUUGAUGGGCUCAUUGAUGUCUGCAUUCAGAUCCUGAAGGAGGUGCCGGAGGUGGAGGCUCAGUUAGCUGCCAAGGGCUCCAAUCUGGUCCGUAUAUACACACCAUCUCUUGUCCUCUACGUUGUUGGAGUUCUGCGCAGAUACCACUGCUGUCUGUUAUUGUCAUCGGAACAGACUGUAGCCGUGUUUGAGGCUCUUUGUCGUGUGGUGAAGCAUGUGUCGAACCCUGGAGACUGCUGCAGUGUGGAACGCUGUGUGCUGUCCCACCUGUAUGACCUGUACUCCAUGUGUUCCUUACUCAAGUCUAGACCACACGGUGGUGAGCCCUUCAGCAAUGCCUACCCCAAGAUUAGAGCCGCUCUUUACACCUCCCUGCAGCCUACACCCUCCAACCAUGCGUGCACCACCUUCAUGACCGAUGUCAUCAUGAAUAUUCGCCGGCCCGUGAGGAUAGAACCCAGCUGGGUAAGGCAGCUCUCAGAGUCAGCCAGUAACCGUUACAGUUUUGUCUGCAAUGCUGUUGUGGCUGUUUGUAACGAGACAGACCUGGACAGACUCAACGACUUAGGUCAUCUCUGCGCUGAGCUUACUGCAUGCUGUAAUACUCUCUCACCGGAAUGGUUAGGUGUUUUGAUGGCACUUUGCUACUCAUCCAAUCAUACAUCGUACUUUAUGUACGUUUUGUCUCAUGUUGACAUACAUGAUCUCUCCAUCCACAAUUCUCUGGCUGUCUUCACCUCCAUCCUGAUAGCUCGACAUUGUUUUUCACUGGAAGACUUUGUUGUUCACAUAGCUCUGCCUUCCUUGCUUACUUUAUGUAAAGAAGGCCGGGGAGACGCUGAUGUUGACACAGAAGCUGGAGCCAGACUCACCUGCCAUCUCUUAUUGCGGCUCUUCAAAACCAUUGAGGUUCCUCAACCUGCUCUUUACUCUGUCGGUACAUCUCCCCAUCCUGUACCGAGCAACUCUGUGUACAACAUCAAGCUCAGCUGUGACAGACAUUUACUAGCGGCUGCUCACAACAACAUACAAGUGGGGCCUGUUUUGGCUGUACUUAAGGCUAUACUAGUAGUGGGAGAUGCGACUGCCAAGCGCACAACUGGGUCGUUGUCCAAGAAGUCGGACAGUCAGUCUGGUGGAGUGGUUGGGGGAGUGAAGAGUGAACUCAGUAUCAGUCACAUCCUCGGUACCAGUGAUAUGGGUGGAGAGUUGCUCAUGGACUUGGCGGCCAGUGGAGGAGUAGAUGGUACAGCCCAUAGUCUAUCAGACCUGGCCCAACUGGUACUGCGAGAGAUUUGCAGCCAGGAGUGGGUCCUAGAGAGAUGCCUUCAAAACCCAGAAGAACUCUGUACGCAGGACAUGUUGUUGGACAGCAUGCUUUCACCCAAACAGGCUCAGAGACUCCUACACAUGAUCUGCUACCCUGAUUCAGAUGCCCACUCGGAGAUCAACUUGGACCACAAGUCUAUUAUUGUAAAUAUUUUAGAGAACCUGGACCUGUGGACCCUUAGAAUGUCGUGGCUGGACAUGCAGCUCAUGUACAAGCAGUUGGCUAGUGGCUCCCAGGAGCUGAACCAAUGGUUGGACACUGUAGCGAAAGCUGCAAUUGAUGUUUUCCAGCUCACUGCAGUGACCACUAAUACAGAUGCUGACAGUGACAAGAAGUCAAAGUCUCAAUCCAUGUGGUUAGUUGCUCCUCUUGUGUCUAAGCUGCCGAGUGCUGUACAAGGACGAGUUCUCAAAGUAGCAGGUCAAGUUCUGGAGAGUGGCAGCUGGGGCGGUGGAGGUAAUCAGAGUGGCAACACUCCCAGCAGUCGUAACAAGGAAUCAUCCCGCACACCGCAACACACGCCUCCGCCCCGACAUCCUCCCACACCCUCUCUCUCUCACCACCAGCCCUUCCUCUCUCUCGUCCUCACAUGUCUUAAGGGCCAGGAUGACCAGAGGGAGGGCUUACUUACCUCUCUACAUUCCCAGCUGUCACAGUGUCUUUCCAUCAGCAAGGAUGACAAGAGCCGAGAUGAAUCUCCCAAAGGAAGGGCCUUGAUGCAGGACGCUCUGUUGCUGAGAUUCAGUCUCGUUGGAGGUAUGUUUGACACUAUACAACGGAACAACAACCUCACUACGGACUGGGCAAUACUGCUCGUGCAGCUUAUCACACAUGGAGUCAUUGAUCUCAACAAUAAUGCAGAGCUGUUUAGCACGGUCAUUGACAUGUUGGCUACUCUCAUCCACUCAACUUUAGUGUCAGAUUCACAGUCAGAGAAGGGAGAAGAAAACAGGAAGCACUAUCAGAACCUCAUGAGGAAAUUGAAAAAGGAGGUAGGAGACAAGUCCUCACCGUCCAUACAACACCUGCGCCAGCUGUUACCACUGCCGAAGCAGGUGUGUGAGGUGAUCGCCUGCUCCCCACACGGUCUACUCACUGACAUGAAGGGAAACAAGAUAGCUUUCGACUGUACCGACAAGAUUACUGGCUUGCAAGUGUCAGAGAAGCAGAGGGUGCCACCAUGGGAUCUGCUGGAGGGCCAUAAGAACCCUGCACCUCUAUCCUGGUCCUGGUUUGGAGCUGUGAGGAUAGAGCGCAAGCCUCUGUGGUAUGAAGAGAAUCACAGGCUGCUCAAAUAUCACACACACUCGCUAGUCAAACCCUCCUCCUACUUUCUGGAACCCUUGCCACUGCCCCCUGAGGACCUGGACCCUCCUCAGGAGAAACCAUGUCCGUGUGUUUACUGCAACCAGAUGAAGGCCGGUGUGGUUGCCCCUGGCAUGAUAUCACAAGCCCCGGACACCCCCAACUCUGUGGAACAGUCACCGCGGGGUGCGGGGGGAAAGCGAGGGGCCAAGGCAGGGGCCACUCAGCGUAAACGCAAGCAAGCCAAACCGACUCCACCCGGACACAUGCAGCCUAACAUGCACCCUGUGCAGAACGUGUACUCUCAGCCAGGCAGCCAGCCUAUGCAGUAUCCUAGUGGCACAACAAAUGCUGGUCCUGCACAGACCGGCAUGUAUCCUUGCCAGCCACAAGUGCCGGGACCACAGUGGGGCGGGUACACACAGCAGCCCCCACCACAGCAGCAGCCGCAGAACCCCUACUACACACAGCAGAUACCUCCUCAAGUGAAUGUGGGAGGGCCGAGGUUUGAGCGGCCAGUGAAUCAGUCAAAGCAGGCUCUCAGCAAUAUGCUGCGGAUGAGGAUGCCCACCAAUCAGUACCAGCCACAACCCCAGCCUGGUAUGCCGGGUUUCUCCGCAAACAUACAGCGUCAACAGUUUAUCAGGCAACAGAUGCAUGUGGAUCAGCCUCAACAAGGACCUAUGUAUCCUCAACAGCAAACCACAUCUCAGAUGUACCCAGGCAUGCAGCAGCCAGGUAUGAGUCAAGGUUAUGGAGCGUACUCUCAGCAACAGCCUCAGCAGCAGCACAUGAUGAGUCAACAGCAGCCUCAGCAGACUGCCAUGUUCCCUCAGCAGGCUGGCCCCAACAGUCAGUUUGGCAUGAGGCAGGAGUAUCAGCAGCAGCGUAACAUCCGUCCCCCUUACCUCCAGGCACCUAAUGUCACAAUGAACUCCAUGGGAGGACCACUGAGUCAGUCUCAGAGCACUCCACCUUACCCGAGACCUCAGCAGCAGCAGUUCCAGCAGGUUCAGAUGACGCAGCAGCAACAACAGCAGAGGAUGAGACAGAUGUUGUUACAACAGCAGCAGCAGCAACAACAACAAUCCCAGCAGCAACAACCUGGAAUGGUGUUACAUCGUCAGAUGACUGGCAGCCAGCCUCAGAAUCCAUAUAGCCACCAGCCACCACCUUACUAAGUACAGAACAAUACGCUGGCGAUGGAGCACAAAGAACCAGCAUUCUCCAGUUUCAAAUGUGCAACUUUCAAUCUCCAAAUGAUGUAAAGACAAUAUUUAUUUUGGUUAUAUGAGUUUACAAUUUUGUUAAUAUGCCAAAGGAACAAAUGUUCUAUUAGAUAUUAAAAUGUAUAUUUUUGAUCAUAGUAAAAUAAAGUACAAUAACCAUUGUACAAAAUUUAUAACUGAAGAAUAAAUAUGUUUUACACAUACUUUUAGUAUUACAUUUUAUUUAGUUCAAGUAUUGCUCCAUAAGAUUGCUUAGAUCGUUAUGAUAUGUUAAAAUGUGUCUUGACAUUACAAGGUAUCUAUUUAUAGAUCACAAUAGUUAGGUCACCCAAAAACAUUAUGUCAGCAAAUAAUUGUUACUACUCAGGUGUUAUAUUUUGUACUUAUAAUUAUCUAAAUGUAUUGUAUGCUUGAUAUUAUAAUAAAGUAAAAAGGAAAGACUUUUUAAUUACUUUAAAUCUCUUUUUCGUUUUAGUAAUGUAACAAAAACCUGUAAUCUUUCUGUUGUAUAUUAAUAGUCUUUCCGAAAAGUUAGUUCAGCUGAAUGAAAUCAAGUUCCUAGUUGUUCUCAAGGUGCCUAGUGAAUAAAAUUACAAGUUACAGUUAUUUAAACUCUAUAAAUGAACAUAUAAAAUGAAUUCUAAUACUUGAUUAGUAAUUACAGGAUUUGUCAGGAAAACAGUUUUUAGUUCAUAUAAAUAGCAUAAAGUUAUAAUUUUACAAUAACUUUUUUAUGAAUGAAACAGGUUAGGAAGCUUUUACAAAUAUGAACAUUAUUGAUUUAAACUUCUGUAGUUCAACAUUAUCCGUAACUAGGUUUAGUAUUAAUACUGAUAGUGUAAAUUAAAACAUCUAAAAUUGUAAUUGUAUUGUUAUGCAUUAGGCUCCAAUAUAUAUUAUUGAUAUAAUGUGAUAUGGAUUUUUAGGGGUGUGCAAGUCUUUUUUAGUAUGUUUUAUGUUCAAGCUAAUUUUGUGUGAAAUUCAUGGAUUUUGGUUAAUAUUAUACACUGUGGUAAGCCUAUUUUAAAGCAUAUCAUCUGCUUUCAUUUAAAUUGUUAAUACAGUUGAAAUCCUUUUUUCAGGUAAUGAGAUUAAUAAGGAAGCAUACACUUCACACAGCAAAUAAAGUAAAUAUUCAUCACUUUUUUAGACUCAAGUUUAAAUUCAAAAACUUAAUAUUUACUUAUUUGAUAAUACGAGAAAAUAUAAUUUGAAAAGCUCACCAUUUUAUUGAAGAUUCUAAAGAGUUAAAAGAGAUUGUUACAGACAACGGCAUACAGAGUCAAUAAUUUAUUAAAAUCAAACUAGACAUCUUAGAUCAAUCAAAUACAAGAAUUGUAUUUAUCCUUCCCACUUGUAUUACGAAAAAUCCAAUUGAUAAGAUAGGCACCAAACGAGUAUGACAGGAAUGUCACAAUGAACGUUUUUGUCUUCCGUCGCAAUCUGUAGUCCUUAAAACUGGUGAUAAAAUGCGUUAGAAUGUUACCUGAACGUUAGUCAGCAGCUACGCUCUUUUUGUUGUUUUUUAUCCAAAACUAGUUACUAUAGCAACCAAAUAUAAUUUUUUAAUGUACGCUGCCGUAUUUGACAGCUUUUUCUGAUUGGGGGAAGACAGUGCAAUUCUUGAAGUCUGCACGUAAGCUUUGUUCUUAUUAAGAAUUUCGUGUUAUAUGUUACAAAUUAAUAUUGUUUACAGUCACUGUGAGAUGGCUUUAAUUGGAAUUUCAAUUUGGUUUUUCUAAUUAUGAUUAUUUUUUCUGUUUUCAGUAAAUUGGAAAUGCCAUGUUUUGUUUUACUAUAAAUACCUACUAUUAAAAAAUCUGUUUUCAUUUUUUACUUCCUAUAAUAACUUCAGAAAUCUUAAUUCAAAUAGGACUUAAAGCUAAUUAACAUUAAUUGUUUAAAGCUUAAGAAUGUUAUCUGGAAGUAAAGAAGUUUAUAUCCAGUGCUCUAAGCAGUUUAAAUAUGUAAUAUCAUUCCAUACUUCUAAAAUGGUAUUAAAUAACAAUUGAUACCAUAAAUAACAACUUAAGGCGCUGUAUGGUUGUUGCUUUGUAUAAUUGGACUCUACUACAGUAUUGUGAUACAAAGUUUGCUUAAGGCACAGUUACAGAAAAUUUUUAUAUUUAUUUCCUAAUUUCAAUACAAAAUGGAGCCCAAGUGUUGUUGAACCGAACAGGCUAGUCUUCAUAUUAUUUUACUGAGAAUUCCAGUUGAACAUUAAGAGAAGGAAAACAGAUUUGGUUAAAUUAAUGAAAUCUAUUACAAUAAUUUUUCUUUGAGAGGACAACUAUAGAUUUAUUUUUUGCUCUGUUAACAUAUAGGAUCUGUACAUUUUGGAUCUUUCUAAACUCUAAAAUUAAAAGUGGAUAUUAAACUAUUUGCACACCUCUAUUAUUUAUUAGAAACUAAAAUAAUCUUGUUUAGUAAAUGUUGUGUAUUGUAUAUUAGUUUUUAUAUUUUAUUGUGAUUAAUUACCAUUUACUGUAUAUAAUGUGAAAGAAAAGUAUUUAUAAAAUCAUUUAUUUUUAA